AUGGUCGACUCCGCUUCUAGCGAGCCCGUGCAGCUGUCGAUUCCCCUGCCUCGAUCGCUAGACACGCGCAUCUACCUGCGCUUGUCGACGCACACAAAGGCCGUCGUCCUGUCUCUCACAACGGCGUCUCAGGACGAGCUCGCGGCAUCAAAAGCCAUGGGCUCCUUUGUCUACGCACUGCCCAACCGCUUCGACGCCCAGCAGCCGCUGUCAACCACCCUCUUCCCCCAUGAGCCAACGGUGGAAUUCACCACUCGCCUGGCCAAGCUCAUUGCUCGGCGCACGCAGCUGCCGGCAUACGUGACCAACUCUAUGAGCUUUGCCGAUGCGGGUAUGGGCGGCACAGUCGAAGAGGAGAUGGAGGCCUUUCGCAGUAUUGUUGACGUUGUGCUCAUGCGGCUAAGAGGCAGUCAUGCCGGUUCUGGGACAGCGACUGAGGGUGCCAAAUCAUGA